CAAGGGAGGAGCUCAGGUUGACCAGACCUGUCUGACCAAGAAACUCAAGAUGCCCAGGAAGCGCAGGGCAGCUGCGAAAGCAGCUCCCGCAGCUCGAAAGUCUGUCGCGAAACAUACUCCUGAGGACUCUGAUGUCGAAAUGCAUGAUGCUCCCGCGUCACCAGCAGCCCAGGCAGAAGAUCGAGAGGAAUCCACUCUUCCAGAACAACACGACGCCGAGCAGGAUGAUGACCAAGAUGAAACGGGCGAAGAAGCAAAGUCAGCGCAGCCUCAAGAACCAGAGCAAGAAAAAGGACAGGAACUGGAGAAAGAAGGUGAACAAAUAGCUGAAGGCGACGAUGAACAAGAGCCCACCGUGCCGUCGACUCCUCUCCCCGACUCGGAAGAGCCAUCCCGUCAAGACACGCCCUCUCGCACUCCGGGAAGGGUAUCUGCGAUUCCUCCUGGCCCUCGAAAGCGUCGUCCCGGUCGCCCACCCAAAAAUCGCCCUCCGGACUGGGAGGCACCAGAAACAGGGGAGCCUCGUUCCGAUGCCAGCGCGCCUCCGCGAAAAAGAGGUCGUGGCCGUCCAUCCGCUGGAGGAAGAUGGGGAAAGUCGAGGGGUGGGCCGUCGCAUGUUAUCCAGGUUCCUGUUGAUAAAGAAGGGAAUAUGAUGAACGUCAUUAAUGAUGAAGUCGACUUGCCAGAGGAUCCUGAGGGUGAAACAAAGGUGGACAAGCUUGGUAAUUUGCUCGGUGGGCGUGAGUAUCGAGUGCGAACAUUCACCAUUUUAGACCGGGGUGAGAGACAGUACAUGCUGUCAACAGAACCUGCGCGAUGUAUUGGGUUUCGUGAUUCAUAUCUCUUUUUCCAGAAGCACAAGUUGCUCUAUAAGAUCAUCAUUGAUGAUGAUGAGAAGAGGAACCUGAUUGAGAGGGAAAUCAUUCCACAUUCAUACAAAGGCCGUGCAAUUGGUGUGGUUACCGCGCGGUCAGUCUUCAGAGAGUUUGGUGCAAAGAUUAUUAUUGGUGGCCGCAAGGUUAUUGAUGACUACGGCGUGAAAGCUGCUAAGGAGCGUGGGGACGUUGAGGGCGAGUUGGCCGUACCAGAAGAUAUUUUACCUGGCCCCGGUGAAACUUAUGAUCGCAACCGCUACGUUGCCUGGCACGGAGCAAGCAGUGUUUAUCAUUCUGGUGCACCAUCAGUUCCAAUGCCUGCUGGAAAAGCCAUGGAGGCUAAGAAGAAGAAGGUCAUUGUGACCGGAGAUAACUGGAUGGUUGAGCAUGCUAGAGCAAGCAGUGCAUUCAACUCUUCUCUAGCCAAGAUGCGGCUUGAAGCCAUGAGUGGAGUCUACGAUAUCCAUACCAACACUAUGCUCUAUCCUCGAGACAUGCAACCCUCGCAUAUUCGCGUAGAACGCGUCGAACCGCCCCAGGAAGAGAGCGCAGCCGAUCGGCAGAAGCUCAUCGAUAGCGCCAAUAACGAGCUCCAACGCCUUCAGAUCUCCACGGCCGAGACCCCAGUCCUAAAUGGCAUUACUAGCGAGAACGGCGGCGAAGGCUCCAACGCGACCAAGUCUGACAGCAAAGAGAAUUCUGCUCCUGCUCCCAAGACCACCGCUGCGGGCCCUCCUUUAGGUUCCUCGACUAUCUUCCCCAAAGUGGCAUCUCGUGUCUCACGCCAUUAUGCGGUCCAAGAUGUCUACUAUGAAACCCCGUCAUACACGGCUCUCGGCGCUCCAGGACCAAACGGCAGCGGGCAUUCAAGCGGUCUAGUCACGGUAGACCCCAACACCGGCGAGCCGAUCUUCAAUAUGGACACGGAGCUUCUCAAAGAGCUGCCUCCGGAAUGCCGCGAAGCGUACAUUGAAGCGGCAAUGAAGGAAUGGGAAUGGAAGCGGCAGUUCACUCCUGUCGGAGAGAAUCGGGGAGUCAGCCGGCUAAAGAUGAGCUACUCUUACGCUCCCUGAAGCCUGGAAGGGAUUAGGACAAGUUUGCGGGUUUCUCAUUGUUGUUCUACUAGGAGGAUUCUUUGCUAAUGCUGGCGAAUUGGGAAAGGGGGAAAAACAGGCCAAAGGGAUAGGAAAUGCUCUUUUCUGCAAUGGAUUCUUUUACGGCGUCUCUACGGCACGUGUUCUGGCUCUUUCAUGUGUUACG